AUGGCGUCAAUCAUAGAAGAAUCAGCUGCAUUUAUUAUGGAUUCAGGACCAUUUAUUGACGUAAUUCCAAUAAUAUUGAACUAUUUAGACUUGAAAAGUCUUAUUCAUUUAGCUGAAACGUGUUAUUUCUGGAAAGAGCGUAUUUAUACAGAUGUGCAAUUGUGGCCAAAGGUGAUUGAAUUGCCUUAUGUUGGUUGCAUGGAUAAUUAUGUUGGUGAACAUAAUGUUCUUGAGGAUGUGAUUGAGGCAAAAUUAUGGUCAAUGGUUCAACCAUCGGAUGAUCCGCAGGCUUUGGAUAAAGUUUUAGAGAAAAUGGCAUCGUCCAAACAGAGUAUCAAGCGAUUUGCAUUGGUCAAAAAAGUUCUGUUCAAAAACUUUAUUCAUACUGAUGAAUCAUUACGUCUCACUGCUUUAUUAUUUCCUUCGAUUGAAGAAAUUAGUUUUGAAGGUAAUCUUUUAUCAAUUGUCGGCGUUCGAAAUAUAGCUAUAUCCUGUGGAAAACUUCGGUAUAUUGAAUUUUAUCAAUGUGGCAACCUUGACAUAGAAAGUGCCUGUCAUCUAUUUAACACUGAAGAACAUAAACAAAAUUUAGAGCGAAUUUUUAUUUAUAAUCGUUUUCGGUCAAAAUAUGCAAUAACAUUCCCAACUGAAGAUGACUUACCAUUUAUGGAAUUCUGUCAACGAUGUGGCUUAUAUUAUAAUCAAUUAAAAAAUGAAAAAGAAAAGUUAUGUCUUUACCAUCCAGGAAUAUAUAGUGGUUAUGGCCAUAGUUGUUCAUCAUACGACUGUUGUGGUAGCAGUACACCUAGAUAUCCAUCGACAUUGGGUUGCCAAUAUAUUUAUCAUGAGAAAUGUUCUAAUAAAUCAUUAUCAACUCAGAGACAUUUCUACGAAUUGCAUGAUGGUCAUCCUGAAUAUAUGUUUCAAAAAUAUACAGAUGUGAAAUUUCCAUUUCGAUUUACUGAACGACGUCGAUUAGAUAAAUGCUAUGAGAAAUGGAACACAAAAGAACACCAACAAGAAGAAUAA